AUGACAGAAUCAGAAGUUUCAACACCAACUGUUGCACCACCAGUUAUUUCAUUGGCUGAUAAUGCAGAUACAAUUAAAUUAUAUUCAAAGUAUAUUGUACCAGAGAAUACUCCAUUCAAAACAACUGAUAAACAAACUUUAAUGGAUAAUUGUGCUUUCUUUGCUAAAAUGUUUGUAAAUCUCUCUGCCAUGGCAUUCAGUACUUUGGAACCAUUGGAUAAAAAAGAAACCAAAGAAUUAUCCAAAAAGGAAAAGAAGCAAUUGAAAAAAGAAAAGAAAGCUCUCAAGAAAGAAAAUAAAGGUGGUAAAGAUAAAAAAGAUAAAAAAGAUAAAAAGGAUAAAAAAGAUAAAAAAGAUAAAAAAGAUAAAAAAGAUAAAGGUGAUAAAAAAGAUAAAAAAGAAAAGAAAGAAAAGAAACAUGAUGAUGAUAAAUCAGAAGUCAAGGAAAAGAAAGAAAAGAAAGAAAAAGAAGAUAGAACUAUUGUAGAAAUUAGAAAUACCAAGAGUAUUUUAGAUGCAUCUUCAACAUCAGUAUCAAGAUUUGCUCCAUGUAUGAUGUUUGUCAAUUGUCCAAGUGGUCCAGCUGGUUUAGAAUGUCGUAUCUUAAAAGAUACUUCAAUCGCUAAAUUAAAAUCUGAAAUUUGUUGGAAUCAAUAUCUCACUAAUCUCGUUCAAUGCCAAGAAAGAGGUCUCUCCAAAUGUUUCUCUAAAUUUGUUGAUUUACAAAAAACUUGUAAACAAACUGAAAUUCCAAAGAAAUCUUUCUCUCUUUUUGAUUCACUUUCUUAUUAA